UUAAAAGCAAUGUGUGUGACUCAAAAACCAUACACGACUAGUCACUGUUUUGCUACCGUAUGAUGAAAGGCAGGGCCAACACUGACAGUUAGAGUUCCCCAAUCUGGCGACAUAUGUUUCGUAUUUAAGUAAUCAUCAUUUAUCCUUGAUUAUUCCCGAUGGUACCGUGGUAAAGUGAGUGAAAUUUGACGGUCAUGAUGGCCGGUGUUUUCGACUUUGAGCUCAACGAGCCGGGAGCUCAAAACGCACCGCAACAGAACGUGUCUGAUGAUGACACACUGGAGGAGCAAUACCUCACAGCUAGCUCGGGCUCCUUACCAGAAGAUGUAGAAAUAGAACAGCUAGCCCUCUCAGAGCACACAGUCAACCCACAUAAUGAGAGGGUUGGACCAGAACACUUCCAACUUCUUAAAGUCCUGGGUAAAGGCGGAUACGGAAAGGUUUUCCAAGUCCGAAAGAUUAAAGGCACAGAUCCCGGGAAGAUUUUUGCCAUGAAGGUCCUGAAGAAGGCUGUCAUUGUGAGGAAUCAGAAAGAUACGGCACAUACCAAGGCAGAACGGAAUAUUCUCGAGGCAGUCAGGCACCCCUUCAUUGUUAAGCUACAUUAUGCCUUUCAGACAGGCGGGAAACUAUACCUUAUUUUAGAAUAUUUAUGUGGUGGAGAGCUUUUUAUGCAUUUAGAGAGAGAAGGGAUAUUUAUGGAAGAUACAGCAUGUUUUUACCUGUCUGAGAUUACGUGUGCACUUGAACAUCUACACAAGCAGGGAAUAAUCUAUAGGGACCUUAAACCAGAGAAUAUCAUGUUAAAUAAACAAGGUCACGUGGUGUUAACAGAUUUUGGAUUGUGUAAGGAGUCGCUGGAGGAGGGUUCUAUGACGCACACAUUCUGUGGAACGAUUGAGUACAUGGCACCUGAAAUCCUGACAAGAAAUGGUCACGACAAGUCAGUAGACUGGUGGAGUCUUGGUGCUCUAAUGUAUGAUAUGCUCACAGGAGGGCCGCCCUUCACGGCCGAAAAUAGGAAGAAAACAAUUGAUAAGAUUUUAAAGGGAAAGCUGAACCUACCUCCAUAUUUAACUGCUGAUGCAAGAGAUUUACUAAGAAGGUUACUAAAACGUCCAGUAGCAGCGAGGCUUGGUAGUGGUCCCGAGGAUUCUAAGAAGAUUCGCGAUCACAGCUUCUUCAGACAUGUCAACUGGAACGAUGUCUUGGCUUCCAAAGUAGAACCACCUUUCAAGCCAAUAUUGGCCAAUGAUGAGGACGUGAGUCAGUUUGAUACCAAGUUUACCAAGGAGCCUCCAGUAGACAGCCCUGAUGACUCAAUGCUCAGUGAGAGUAUGGACCAGAUCUUCCUGGGUUUCACCUAUAUAGCGCCCUCUGUGCUUGAGAGCAUGCAACGACCCCACUUGGUGAAAGCGAGGUCACCUCGAAAGAUAACGGGUCAAAGUCCACAUACACCCAUCAGUAGCCCAAUGAAGACGCCCUCCACACAGUUUGCAUUUGAUGAGGAUCUUGAAACUAAGUCACCCGCAACGACAGACGAGGCUAUGGACACGUCUGAGACAAUCACAAGGGCUGGAUUUAGAUAACCUGGGCUCUAAUUGGUCCAUUAGCAUCAUGUGGUAUAAACUGAGACAUUUGAUUGGUCCAUUAGCAUCAUGUGAUAGAGACUGAGGCAUUUGAUUGGUCCAUUAGCAUCAUGUGAUAUAGACUGAGACAUUUGAUUGGUCCGUUAGCAUCAUGUGGAAAAGACUGAGACAUUUGAUUGGCUGAAUGCUAUUAUUUUAACAAAGAGGUGGUUUGAUAUUGUAGCCAAGAUGCAUGGUGAUCGGGAUUUUUGAUAUAUGCUGUGCUGUGAUUGGUCAGUGGAAUUAGCAAGCACACAUGUGAUUGGAGGAAUGUUGAUUGUGACAUCAUGAUUGGCAGGUACAGCUGAUUGCAUGUAAAUAUUCAUCCACACAAGGUAGUCAAUGGAUUGAAAGGUGAUUGGUUGGAUAGUGUCAUGUGACCUUUGAUCAGAAAGCCAAUGAUUAAUUAUUAGUUGAAAUUACCUCAAGCUGAUUGGUCAACUUUUAUACUGUCUGCUAAGAGCUGAUUAAACAGCUGUUGUCACACGACUGUAGUAACCAUGUUAAUUCAUUGGCCUUCACAUGUAUUAAAUAUAAAUCUGUUUGUAUCAAAUAAUUUUGUAUGUAUUAACCAAUCACAGAUCACACCUUAAACAAGUUGAUCAUGUGAUGUUAUAAGCAUAUAUAAUUCCAUAAAUAAUUUAAGACAUUUUAUUUAAAUUUGUGCAUAGACUUAGAGUCUUAACAUUGUUAUGCUUUUAGCAAUAAAUGCUUUUAUUAAACACCAAGGAGUUGUUGAACAUUCCUGAAGUAGAAAAUUAUUAUGUAGAAUUGAAACUAUUUUUUUCUCCUGAUAUAAGCAAACAAUUUGUUUGUACUGUUUACUGAUCUAUUCCCAUCUAUGACAAAGGUACUGCUUCAACCACGGGUUCGGCUUUGUCUCUGGCUUUAGCAGUGGAUAUGGCUUAAACAGUAGCUCUGGCUUACUCUCAAGAUUGUUGUUGUAGCCAAUGGCAGUUGGCCAAUAGCCAAAAUUGCAGAAGAAGACGCUUUAAUCUUGCACGGCAAAACUUACCCACUAUAAAUUACUUUACCAUGGCUGUGGCUAUAUCCCCACAUCUGACUUUCACCACUAGUAAAAACCAGAACAAAAACUAGUCCGUUUCGGACAACAACUUAUAGAUGGUGUGACCUCUGUUUACAUUCAAAUCGCCCUCUGUUGACAAAACACUGUCCAAUUAAGGUUUCGCCGGGCAAAAAGACGCGUAGUCAUAGUAAGAUUGCGUGUACUUUCUAGCGCGCUGCCAAAACACAAAGGUUUUGCCCGGCGGUAUGCGCGCGAAUCAUGUUGUGGUUUCGUCAGAGGUCGCAUCGUCUAUAUGAAAACGUUUCAUUGAGGAAAAACAAAAUGGUGGAUUGAGAGAAAGCUCCUAUAACCUUCUUACCGACAAUUAUUAAUUAGAAUCUAGGGUUUGUUUGUUCCAUGUAGUCAUAGUAACUCGGAAGCCACCUCCCAGAAUCCAUCAGAAUAUAUCUAGAACUAAAGCUUUUUUAACUAUUUCAAAACGUAUGCCUGGUCCCUGUGUCCAGCAUUCUUAACUUGUCUAUAAUUUACUGAGUUCAUCAAAAACUGAGAGGAACGAUGGCGAUGAAUUUGUGAGUAUUUGGGUCGGCUUUUGUCAAAGAUUUAUUCAAAUUACUUGAAGUAGAAUGAACUCCGGAUUGUUGUAAAUACUUAUCAUAUACUGGUGCUUUUCAUGUUUGAAUCUAACUAUCAAUCCUUAAUCUGUUUUAAAAUUCUUCCUGCAAGCAAUCUUUGCUGUAUCAAUGUCUAACUCAUCUAACUGUCACAUCAUGUACACGCUUCUAUUGUAACUGCAUACUAGUAGUUUAUGUAGUUCUAACUUGGUCACACUUUAUUCGGCUGGCAAGCACAAAUAUUCGCUUAGCGAAGAAAUAUUCUGUUUAGGUGGAACAGAUUAGGGGGGGGGGGGGGGAGCUGCUUAAAAUCACCACUACUAUCUGCUUACUGUGCAAGCGCCGAACUUCUGUGCUGGUUGUGUAAGCGAAGAGUGCCUAUUAACGUGGAGUACGCACGCAAACAGGCACAAAUUCCCUGCUAACUCGUGAAAUGCGCAUUACAUAAGCGCUGAAUUCCCUGCUUCCGUAAGCCCGAUUCUUUGCUUAUUGUAAGAAGAGCCAUGAAAUUUGACUCGGUAGACAAGCUCACAUAUUUUAAUGUUGAUGGUUUGUUCUUUCAUGGUUCAAUAAUUUUGUUCUUCCUGACUGCUUCCAUACUGGCACACACACCUCGAUCAAUCUGUGUGAAUUUUUAAACUAAGCACAGGUUUUCUCUAGUCCGCUGCUUCUACCAAAUACUGCCUUCAAAUUAGACAAUUUUGAACAAGAAGCCAAAGUGUCCUUUUCCGUGUGGAAAUUACGGAUUUUCUUGUAACGGUAAAAGGAAAGUACAGUAUUGGUUUUAAUGCAACUUAGCCCAACCAGUGAUGGAACAACUAAACGUCUCAAUCAGUUUGCUCUGAUCUUCGGAAGAAUUGGUAGAAAAUUUUAUGUAAUUUGUUUGUCUAACCCAGUGUAACAAAGUAAAGGUUUUUAAUUUUUUAAUUGAUGUCCAUUGUAAAAAGUUUGUCGAUCGGGAAAUGAUAAAAGAACAUAAAUUUGUCAUGCUGCAAAAAUAAAAAUCUUUACAAUUGAUUGUGGAGUUUUAGUGGUUUAGAAAAAAUAAUGUGAGAUAAGAUGAAGUUAUAGGAUAAAAUCUUCGUCCAUUGCGUUUCUUUAUAGCACAUUCUACUCCUAGCAAUUCUUUGUGUUUACAGAAGGCCAAAUUUCUUGGUUAUUGUCAGUUUGUGCAGUUGUGCUCACUAUUCUCUUUGCGUACAGGGUCCUGCCAUAUUUCUGCGCAAGCUGUUUAAGCAAAGAUUGUUUGGCAACAUGAAGUACAUACUGGGGUAAUAAUGUGGAAGCGAUUUGAGACGCCCUUCAGGUGUUUAAAGCGCUUUAUAAAAAACUGACUAUUAUUAUUAUUAUUUUUAUUAUUAUGAUAAGUGGCUUUAUCUGGUAAGGGUAAGCAGAAGCAAUAAAUUGAGCACAGAAUAAUGGCUCUAAUUGGUAAGCAUCAAAUUCUUUGGGACAUGCAAUAUGCAUGCUCUCAUUUCAACAUUUCUACUUGUAUUACAAAAUGUGAGUUUGUGUCAAAGACAACUUCAUAUAAAAAUAAAUUUUCCUUAGUUUGUUUUUCUCUCAACUGAAUAAUUUAUUUUGUGUGGUUUUUGUGUGGUUUUGAGGGUUAGAUAAAUAUCUUCUGAUCACGUUUAACAUAUCAGGAAAUUAAAUUGUGUCUGUUCUUUUAAAAGUACGGAAAUGUUUCCUUUAUUUUGUCCUAUUUACGAGCAAUGAUCUGAGGAAGUAAUAGCAUACGCAAAAUUGGGAACGCGUCUUUUAAAUGAAGAGAUAAGUAUUUGAAUUGUCAAAUAAGGGUUAGUAGUUUGAUUCGGAACAAGUAAUCUGGGCCCAAUUUCAUGGCUCUGCUUACCGCCGAAUUCUGCGCUUACGAUCACGAUUCCCCGCUUACGUGCAA